AAUUUCGCGGAGUGCACGCAUAUAUUUUAUUUCGCGAAAAAAAAAUACACGAAGAAAACAAGUAAAACGUAUUUAUAAGUAAUCGCGAGGUGUGUAAUUGGCCAAUAACGAAGAGCACAGGGUUUUCGACGCUUUAGUUUUGCAUCAAACGCAAUUAAGCGCAAGGCAUCCCCCGGCCAUCCUUAAACGAACACACACACACACACACAGUUGCGCGCACACAGCACACCGAAAACGACGCUGCAUGUGUGCGUGUGUAUAGACAAUUGUCUUGCGUGGUGCCGGGUUACAUAUUUUUAUUGAAUUUUUCUCGUGGGCCUGCCAAAACAAAUGUUCACGCAGUAGAAGGGCCACAAAUUGGCGGUAGUUUAAAUAAAACCCCGAAAACACAGCAGAAACACAGCCUAGGAAUGAUGUUCACGGGCACCAACCAGCAGCAGGACACUCGGUUCAGCGACAAGGAGAAGAAGCUGAUGAAACAAAUGAAGUUCGGCGACUGCCUGAGCAAGCGGGUGGACAUGUCCAAGGUGAAGCUGGACGUGCUGAGGCCGUGGAUUAGCAAGAAAAUCACCGAUAUCCUCAACAUAGAGGACGAUGUUGUGGUGGAGUUUGUGUACAACCAGCUGGAGGAGGAGAAGUAUCCGUGUCCCAAGAAAAUGCAAAUAAAUAUGACCGGCUUCCUCAACGGGAAGAAUGCCCGCCAGUUCAUGGGCGAGCUGUGGGCGCUGCUGCUCUCGGCCCAGGACAGUGACUCUGGCAUCCCCGCUGAGUUCAUACAGCAAAAGAAGGAUGAGAUACUCAAGCGCGAGGAGGAGCUACAGCAGCGGCAGCGCGACCGAUCCCGCUCACGUUCCCGCUCCGCGCGCGGCAAUUCUCGGCGUGACCGUCCGCGGGAUCGAUCUCCAAAUGGUGGCAAAUCCAAGUCCCGCUCCCGUUCGCGCUCUGCGAAGCCAGCCAACAAUGGCUCGGUGCCCAGUGCAGCCCGUGAGGCGGCCGCCAAUGCAGCGGCUCGGAUUCGCAAACGCGGCGGCUCCCCCUCGGCCGCCCGUCCUGCCUCGAGGGAGCGGCGAAACAGCCGCCGGCCACGUUCUCGCUCUCGCCAGAAGUCGCGCUCUGGCUCGCGAGCGUCUGCCAAAAAGGCAGCCUCCUCUGACCCACCACCAGCCAAGGCCGUCAAUGGACGUCACUCGGCGGGGGACAAGUCCCCUGUAAAGCCCAAGGGCAAAAAGUCCCGCUCACGCUCCAGAUCCCGUUCCCCUCGCAGCCGCUCUAGAUCCAGCGGCAAGCGUACCCGCUCUCGCAGCUCCUCGCCACGAAGCCGACGACGUGGCCGCUCCAGCAGCAUUUCCCUGUCCCCCGAGCGCAAUCAGGAUCAGUUCGAGCAUCGUCGCAACAAGAACAGUGUCCAGAACAAACGUCAGUAUCGCAAUAAUCGCGGCGACUCGGCCAGCUCCAUGGAGCGCGGCAACGAUCGUGGACGUCAGUUUGGUGGCGGCGGAGGUGGAGGCGGCCGACGGGGCAGGCGCUUUUCGCCACGCGGCGGUAAUCGCAGUCCCAUGCGUCAGGAUAAUGGUGGAGGCGGUGGACGUUUCCAGCGCUCCAAUUCGAGGCGUCGCUCACGUUCCCGUAGACUCUCCCGCUCUCCCAUGCGAUACUCUCGGUCGCCCAGAAGGUUUAACAAUCGCCGUCGUUCGCCCAUGAUGCACUAUCGUGGGGGAGGCGGAGGAGGAGGUCGUGGUGGUGGUGGUGGUGGUGGUGGACGCGGGGGAGGUGGUGCUGGUGGUGGUGGUCAUCGCCAGAUGUGGCAGCAUCGCGGCGCUUCACCCAACAUGCGUGGAGGCGGAGGCAAUCGCAUCCACUGGCAGGCGAGGUACAGCCCAGGCGGAGGCGGUGGUGGACGAGGUGGCGGCGGCAUGGGACGUUUUGAUCGUCGCCCGUCCCCGCACCAGAAUCGCUAUGCCCGCGAUCAUCGCCCAUCGGACUCACAGGGACAGCCGUUCAGGAAGUUUUCACCCCAUUCUGGGCCGGGGCGACGGUUUUCCUCGCCGCAGCGCCGCAACUCGCGCGAUCGUCGCCCGAAUUCUCGGGAACGCCGCAGCUCACCGGGUGGCCAUGUCAAUCGAUGGGACAAUCCGCCGCCGGCCAGGCAUCGACGAUCCACGUCGGAGAGCUCUGCCGAGCCGGCCGGAAGACAGCCGCGACAGCGCAGUGCCAGUCCCGCUGAGAGGCGAGGCCGCAGUCGUAGUCUCAGCCAUGAGAGGAGUCGCAGUCAUGUUAGAAGUCGCAGCCGCUCCAGUCCGCGACCGAGCCGUAAGCGAGACAGUCCUGUUGCUGAGCGUUCUUCGGUGGAGUUUAGCGGCCCGGCCGUCAACACUAUAGAUCUCUGUCGCGAAGAGCAGCAACACCAGCAACGCAAAUCCAACCCGGAGACCAUCAAGGCCGUCGAGCAGCCAGCAGCGGCAGCACCAGCAACAGCACGUCGCAGCAGUUAUGCCAGCCUGUCCCGCACUCCAUCACCGUUCCUUAAACCGCACGAGCGAUCGGCCGCCGCUGCAUCAGCCGCUGUCGCCUCCGUCUCCGUAUCCAAGGCUGUUCCAAAGAAAUCCCGCAAAAGUCAAAGCAGCAGCUCCGACAGCAGCGCCGACAGCGAUGACAGUGACGAUCAGCCAGCGCGCCGAAAGGCCCACCAAAAGAAGCUGCCAGCUGCCGUGGAGGUGGCCAAGUCACAGUCAAAGUCGAAGUCGCAACGCAGCUCGGACAGCUCCAGCAGCAGCGACCAGAGCGAUGAUGACAACUCGAGCGCCGACGAUAAGUUAAAGAAGAAGAAGCACCAGCAGCAGCAACAGAAAGCGGCGGCCGUCAAGGUGGACAAACGUCGCUCGGACAAGAAGCUCAAGCGGCCCACCUCCAGUGCAGAGGAAUCCACAGGCGUCGAGGUGGAGGCGGCAAGACCAGGAAGCAGCCGCAAGCGUAGUCAUAAGAAACCACGACGAGAGGAGGGCGGCAAUGUCAGCGAUUCUGAGGAGGAGAAUGUGCCCAAGAAGAAGCGCAAGAAGUCCAAGAAGGCGGCGGACACAUCAGACAGCGACUCUGAGGACUCGUCCAAGAAAAAGAAGCAUAAGAAACACAAAAAACACAGCAAGAAGAGCAAAAAACACAAGAAGCAUAAGAGGAAGAGCAGCGGCGGAAAGAAUCGCCCGGACAGCAGCUCCCAGGGCAGCAGCGACGAGGAGGAGCAGUCGGGACUGGCGCCAAAGCGCAAUGGGAAGCUGCCGCUGCUGCUCGCCGGCGGCACCGGCCCGGGGGGCAUCAACGAAGAUCUGGAGAAACAAUUGCGAGAGCGCGCAUUGAAAUCUAUGAAAAAGUUGGACUGAACACACAGACUAAACGAAAAUGAUUGCCCAUACCCAGAGACAUACAGACGCCAGACUCCUGGAUGCACCCAAUCACACACAACAUGCACACGCGCACUCACACAGUUGAAAGACUCCUUAGCCCCCACACACACUCACACACUGAACAGACAGACGUACGUAGCCAUUAAAAUUAUAUAAAAAGGAACCUACAUUUACAUUUACACUAACUAAACAUUCAUUGAUUGUAUACAUUGUAUUUCUUAAAAUGUAUUUCAUACCUUUAAGUUCUUUGCCUAAAACAAAAAACACAGAAUAGCUACUAUAAAUCCACGCGAACAUUAAGCAAAUGAAUACAAUUUGUAUUAUGUACAAACAAAACA